CUCGCACAGUCUCAUAUCAAAGCAUUUACUCUGCUAAAGGCUGCACAUUUUUAAGACAUUACAGAUCACAGCAAAACCACAGCAGGUGAAGGUCCCAUCCAUCGCCACUGUGAGAUGCAUUUGAACCUACUAAGCCUUGCAAACAUUAAUCCAAUAACUAUCAUUGGCCAGUCUGAGCAGCUGGAUGAACAAAAGAACACUCCGCCUCUUUACGUUGAGACCACUCUUACUGGAGCACAGUUCAGUUACAAACAUUGCAGUGGUGCAGUCAUACUGUAUGCACAAUGAUGGACUUUACCUUGAUAACAGCUUUACUCUGUACCUUCAGUUGGAUCUCCGUCUCAGUUUCUGAGUUUCACACUGUGGAGGUCCAGUCUGGUGAAGAAGUCACACUGAUGUGUUCCAACUUUACCAGUUCACCUUCUCACAUCCUCUGGUUCAGACUGUCCAACAGACCCAACGUCAGCUGCAUCUCCUCUAUGGUCAGCUCUGAUGCCAAUGCUUCAUUCUGUGAUGGAUAUCAAAAUGGCAAAUUUAAUAUGACAUCCAACACCACUACCCUCUUUCUCAAGAUCAAACAAGUGGAUUUAUCUGACUCUGGACUGUAUUUCUGUGGAUUUAACUCAGAUGGAAACUCAGUCAUUGUCAGUGCGACAUAUCUAAAGGUUCAAGAAACGUUUGAUGGAAUAACAAAUCUGACGAGUGUGAUCCUGGGUGCUCUGAUUAUUUUCUUCAUUAUAGUCAUCAUCGGUCUGCUUGUCAAAAUCAGGAAGCUUCAUACAGCUCCUAAAGAGGGACAGAAUCCACCACACAGUGAGAACCUGGUCUCUGAUGCCCUGAACUAUGCAGCGCUGAGUUUCCACCCAAAAGCAAAAAGCAGCAGAAGGCCUGCAUCAGAGAAGCAGCUGGAGUCAAAUGUUGUGUAUGCUGCCACCAGAUAGACUCAGGAAACAUCUGGAACAGCAGCUCAGAGUGGAACUGAUGCGUUAUCAUAUUGAACUGCUACUAAAGGAGGACUUACCAUCAUUGUCGAAAAAAUUCUCAUUUUGUAAUAAAGAUUCUGUAUUCAUGCAAACUGUGCUAUCUCUGCUACAAUUUUAAUUCUACUCUCCAGCCAAAGUCUCUUUCUUACUUGUUUUGUUUGUCUUCAAUUUGUCUUAGAUAGAGAGCAAGAGAAUAUCAUUGGUGUUUAAUGAAUCAACAACAAGGCCUUCAUGUUUCCAAAGAUUGAUACCAAGAAAUCUUUGUUUUCCCAAUGGGAAGAUAUAGAAGGUUGAAUGUUAUCGGUAAACAGUAUGCUGUGACAAGAACAGACUUUUCAGUGACAGCUUCCGUGGAGUGUUUAAACUUUUGAAAGUAAACGUGACAAGUAGCGCAGUUUUUGAUGGAAAUCAGGGCGAGGAGCUGAGCCUGAGUCUGACAUCACGCUAACUAUUGAUCAUUCGGUUAUCCCUCUGUCAGCAGAUGGACUCAGGAAGAAAGCAAAACUGAUGCUUUAUCAUAAUAAUCUGCCAGUGUGAUUUUUGUUUAUAAGUGAUGGGUAGGAGGAAUUAAGAUCACCUAUGUGAGGUUUAAAAAAAGGUAAUAUUGCAAUAAAUGCUAUGUAUUCAUGCAAAAUUGGAAACAUUUGAGAUAAUUAGAGUACAUUUUCUCUUUCGUUUGAUGGAGGAGUUGAAAUAAGGACAUUGAUGACUGAGGGUUUAUAGUGAGUUAGAUGGAGGUCUGCAGCAGUGGAGGAGAGAGUGAGUUUCACAUCACUUGUUUGACAGGAAGAGAGAGCACAAUGUGGGCAGAGCACAGCUGAUGUGAGAAUCAUGAGGUGAGGCGAAAUAAAAUGUGAAAUCAAGCAAUGAACAAUUGUGUACUG